AUGAAGUGGAACACGCGUGGUAUCGUAGAGUUUCUAAACAUAUAUGAGCAGUAUCCGAUUCUGUGGAAUAUAAAAGAUAAAGACUAUUCCAACACCAAAAUAAAGGACGACAUUUUCAAGAAUCUCCUAGAGAAACUUAAUGAGAAACAGCUAACUGUGGGUAUGGAUGUCAAGCAGUUAAAGACCAAAAUAAAAUCAAUUAAGGACGUCUACAGACAAGAAAUAAAUAAAAUAGAGAAAUCUAAGAAAAGUGGCUGUGGUACUGAAGAAGUAUACACGCCAAAGUUAGCAUGGUUCAAAGAUGCAAACUUUUUGGCAGAGGUUGUGGCCACAAGAAGCAGCCAAUCAAAUUACGAACUGUCACAAAGCAGUCAAGCCACACCACCAGACGAAGACAAUAAAAGUGUCGAGUUUGAAAAUGACGAGGACUCAUCACAAGAACGUUCUAAGUCGCCUGAAAAUAUGGGACCACCCCCGACACCAAGGAAUAGAGCUAAAAAACGACCGAGAAUUGAAGAAAAAUCAAAUGAAAUUUCAGAAGCUAUAAAAAAAUUGAAUGAAAUUGCCAAGGAGUCGUCCGAUGAGAAGCCCUAUGACCAGUUUGGGAAAUUUGUGGCUUCUGAGCUGCGUCUCCUACCACAGCGACAGGCCAUUUUGGUGCAGCAGGAAAUCCAAAACUCAAUUAUUAAUGCUAAGCUGUCGUCUUUACAGCAAGAGGCCCCCCAAUCUGUCCAUAGUGUGUUUUCACCUUUUUCAGAUGACUCAUUUGCUUCGACCUCUGCAUCAUCGAUGCACAACGACGAUGGGGAUGUUUUGCAGCAGGUCCUAAUCAAUACAUUCGGAGGAAACACAACAUAA